AUGGCUCGUGCCCCACCGUCCCCUCUGACCCCUAGCAACAUCCCACGGAACCUGAGCUACAUCGCAGGCCUGUAUGAACGAGCCUACUACCGCACCGCCCGGCCGAGCAUAGCAGAGGACUCGGGGACCGAGGGCUCCGAAUCCGAAUCGGAGAGCAGGCCCCGGAGCAGGCCCCGGAGGCGACGGCACGUCUUUGGAGGGCACAAGCGAAAAGGAAGGCGCCGGACUCGCUCGGCCCCUGCCCGGGGCAGAAGUCGGGGGGCCUCACGCAGCCGCAGCCCCGGGACACGCAAGAGGGUUCGCUUUGCCGACUCCCUGGGCCUGGAGCUCACCAGCGUCCGCCAGUUCUGGCCCAACGACCUUCCAGAGGUGCCGGAGCGUGUCCAUGCCCAGCUGAGGCGCGACUCACUCAGCCACUUUGCCCCGUGCCUGCCUUUUUGCCCACCUGUGAAGGAUCCUUUGAGUCUGCGAUACCUGCUGGAGCCCACCUUCCCAGACCCCCUGUCCAUGCCAGAUUUCUUACCGCGCCUCCUGGCGCAGUGCGUUCUCCUCGAAGGGGCCCGGGCCGAAGGCUCCUGUGUAUCCGGCACCAUCCGGGUCCUCAACUUGGCCUAUGAAAAACGGGUCUCCCUGCGAUACACCUGGGAUUCUUGGGCUACGCAACACGAAGUUCGGGCAUCCUACGCCGCUCCUGCAGGCCGGGAUCGGGACCACGCCGACCGCUUUGCCUUCCGCCUUCCGCUGCUCACGCCGCUGGUCCCCGGGGUUGUCCUAGAGUUUGCAAUUUGCUACCUUGUGGGGGCAGAAGAGUUCUGGGACAACAACCAAGGCCGCAACUAUUGCCUGAGGCCUCCACCCUGUGUGGAUGAGGAGGAUGAGCCCCCCAGCCCCACUGCCGAUUGCUGUGAGACAGGGUGGAUACACUUCCUCUAG